AGUUCUUCUCCACUCUGUUUUUUUCCCUUCUAUUCGUCGUUCACGUAGUAGGUUAUUGCUUAUCUUUCCUACAUAGAAUUUUUGAGGCACAAUAAGUUAAUUUACUGUUAAUAGGUACUUUGAGGGUCAGUUGACUCAAUUAUCUGAAGUAGAGACAGAAGAUGCUCUGGAGACUCCGCAAGUCAAUGUAACUGAAGCUGCAGAGAAGUUCUCUUUGCUCGAAGAAAAUAUAACAUCAAGAACAGAUCUUCCUCCUUUGCUUGUCCCAUUACGUGAAAGACGGCCUGAAAGGCUCCAUUACCUUGGGGUCUCAUUUGGACUUACAUUGGAUCUCUUCCGCUUUUGGAGAAAACAUAAGUUUGCUCCAUUUUUCAUAGGCAAUGCCCCGAACAGCGUAACUGGUGAAUACACAUGCAUGGUCUUGAAGGCAUUGAAAAAUGAUGAUGUUGAAGCUGCUGGGUCAGAUGCGUGUGGCUUUUAUGGUCCCUACUACCGAGAAUACAAGCGAAGGUUAGUCGAACUGUUGGGUUCUACCUACCGGAAGAUGAACUACAAGCUUGCUAUGAGUGUCUUUGAUCCGAAGAUCAAUUUUGUCGAGCAGGACCCUACUGCUUCUGCUUCAAGUGAAUUCUUAAACUUCAUGAAGUUUGUUUUGGAACCUCAUGAGAUGAAGAGGCUUGAAGCUUACUCAAAUAGCCUAAUUGACUAUCCCUUGAUUCGAGAUGUUGCUCAAAAACUUGCGCGCAUGUAUUUUUUGGAGCAUUUGCCAGUAUCACUUUCAUAUGCCCAGGCUUCGCUUUUGCUUUGCUAUGGCCUGCAGCACAAAGACAUCCCUGAAAUAGAGGGAGAAAUGAAUUUGGAAAGGCAGCAGAUAUUGUCCUUGUUCAUGAAAGUCAUGAAGAGGCUUUGCAAAUACCUAAAUAAUCUAACAUCAAAAGAAAUUGACUCAACUGUAUCUCAGCUUAAAGUGAUUAAGACGGAACCACAUUCUAUAUCUGUGGAUGAAGAUCUCCGCGAUGCUGCAAAGAAAGUCCAGGAUGAGAUGAAAGCCAAGUCGGACGGUUUGUUGAAUCCAGAACUAUUUCAGCAGUUCGCUAUAGUGGACAGAGAAGCUGAUUUUGAAAAUGCUCUCCAGAAUGGUGGUGGGAAGAUAGUUCCUGGUGGUGUAAUCAGUGUAAAAUCCAACAAAUUCAAGCUUGAGAAGCAUUCCGAGCCGGAGACUGAAAAGAGUGGCAAGAAAAGAAACAAAAACCAUUCUGGAUUAAAAUCAAGUAAGAAGAUGAGGAGUUGAUCUUGUUGGCACACUAAGUUCUUCCCUCUCGUUUUCAAUACUACUACUACAACAACAACAACAAACCCAGUGUAAUCCCACAAGUGGAGUCUGGGAAAGGUAGUGUGUACGCAAACCUACCUUAUGACGAUAGAGUUCCCUCUCGUUUUCAAUGCCAACUUCAUUUCCUCGGCAGUCUCUCUUAUUAAUUUAUGGCAAGGGUUGAGUAGAGCGCGAUUAUGCAUCUCACUGCAUAUUUCCAUAGUAAUUACAACCAUCACCACUAUUUAUGCAAUGAUUUAUAGGUUCAUCCCAAUUUUGUGAAUUUAUCUUGGCAAAUGUAAAAUAUUCUUGGAAUAUCUUUUGACUAUGUAAAUAUGAUAGGGAUACUAGUUGUCUUGUC